AUGGCUGUCGAUUUGGAUAUUCAUUUGAGUAUCAUGGUAAUAAUACUGUGGUCAAAAGGAGACCUGUGUUGUACUAAUUUUGACAUCGAGAGUGGCGAUUCUUUCAAUGACUAUUCCAAUAUUCCUGCGGAAGAAACAACUUGUCAACCCAGUACUUCACAAACAACCAGUAUUGUCAGUAUUGAUGAUAAUGGAAACGAAAGGGGAUGUUCGCAGAUACAAAAUAACGAAUCCCAAACUUCUCAGAAUGAUAACGAAAGUGAUUCCGAAGAAGAGACCUGCCAAUCUGGUGUUUCAAAGGAGGUGACCGAAAGUGAAAAAAUAUUGGAACUUUGCAACGAAUCAUCUGCUGAAUUGGAUAAAACUUUUGAUUGCUAUCAAGACUUAGCUUUAUGGCCUGACUGUAUUAAUAACGACGUGAUCAAAUUCUGCCUAGAUUUUCCAUAUUUUCAAAAUUAUGACCAUAAUAAUAGAUAUCCUAAAUCUGAAAUUACAUGCGAAAAGCAUAAAAGACAUUUUUCUAAUAGUUGUUUUUCAAAAACUUUAAAAAACGGACAACAGAUAAAAAGGCAAUGGCUAUGUAACUCACCAAGCAGUGGAUUGAUUUAUUGUAUUACGUGUAAAUUGUUCUUAAAGGUAGAAUCAAAGCUUAAAACCGGACUUAACGAUUGGUCAAAUAUUUUGCGGUUACUGGAUAUGCACCAAGAAAAGCGCUUCAAUAAGGUUUCUACUAAAUUGCAAUCGUCUGGUUUGGAUAUACAAGAAGGAGGCCGUUUAUUGGAUUCUUUGAAAAAAAAAUUCCAAGACACCAGAAAAAAAUCUGAAUCAGAAACCGAUAAACUGGAAGCAAAUGCUAAAGAACUAAGCGAAGAUAUUGAAAAAGAAUUUGCUGAAUCCAGUAAGCGCAAAAGAAAAAUAUUGCUGGCUAAUAAGGAAACUGAGAUGCCUAUGUUUACUGGAAAAGCAAAAUUUAGAGUUGAGAUUAUCAACAGACUGUUAGAUUUUUUGAUAGGCGACUUGCAUCGCCGAAGUUCUGUCUAUCAAGAUUUAACAGUCAAAUUUAAAUGUUUAUUUGAUAUAGGGGAUAUCUCACAUGACGAUAUUGAUGCGGAGAGCUUUAAAAUACUCAUAGAAUAUUACAGUGAAGAUCUUGAAGAAGAACUCAUUAGCAAAGCCUUGCAGUUCAAACAAUAUAAUAUCUAA